UAAGUUGGUUUUGACACUGUGAUUCCAGUUAGUAGCUAAGGACUUGCAUUUCUUUCGUGCUAAGUAUACUUUCAUCUACCUGAUUUUAAGGAGCAUUGAGGGCUGCUAGGAUUGCUUCUGAGUAAAUGGUUUUAUUACAAAUUUAAUUUUGUAGACUGCUGAAAAUCUUCUCUUCCCACUGAAUGCUGCUGAAGGUUGCUAGGAACCUCAAAGGGUUAUUGACUGUCACAGCUUGCUUAGCACAUGGCACUACAUAUGUCACUUGCAAUCUCUGAGUACAACAGACUUCUACUGCUGUCACUGUAGAUUAUUCUGUGUGGUUUUAGAGUUGUUUUGCUGUGCUUAGAAUGUGAGUCCGUCCCAUAAUAAAGUGGUAAUAUUCUGUGGAUGCAGAUUGCAGGAUGUAGCAAAAACAAGUCACUGAAUAUGUGAGAGAAGGAAAUACUUGGUUUUUUUUGUGUUUUUUUUUUUUUUUUUUUUUUUUUUUUAUAAAAGCAAUAAAAUUAAUUAGUCCCUGAACAUUUCACAGAAAACCUCUCCAGAACAUCAAACCAGUCAAUGACUGAGGUAGUGUGACAGUAAUAAUAAAAUCUUAAUUUUCUUACCAUCUUUUUUAGGUCCUUGUUCUUUUGAUUUUUUUUUUGUUGUUGUUACAUGCAUUCCCACAUACUCUGUAUAAUGCCAGCAGUGUACAGGAUGCACUUACCACAAAAUAUGUGUAUCUCCAAAGCCUUGAGGCACUGAACUGCCCUUUUGUUCCAUGUAACCUAUUGCAGAACUACUCACAGAAUGACAUGCUUUACUGUGUGUCACCUUAUUGCUUUAUUAUUAGCCUUUGUAAAGGUCAGAUGGGCCUGACUCAAUUAAUGAGGAAACAAUGCUGUACAAAGUUGUUUUUCCUCAUUUUAACUCUACUGGAGUACCUGAAUAUUUUUCUGAGGUCUGCAAAAGUAUUUUUGACAUCAUGUGGAAAGCAGAGUACUGUGUUCAAUUCCCAUUGUGGUAAUCAAUGAGAUGUAAAAUUGCAGCACUUCCAUGCUGCCUAGAGCCUCUCCUGACAAACCUCGUUUGGUUUGUCAGAAUGCAUAAAGCACUCAUAAGACCAUAGCAUUAGCUCUAUUUCUCUCUGUUGUGAAUGAGCACAGAAAGAAACCACCUCUUAAGAAGACAUUUUCAUUUGCUUAAAUAACCCUACCAUGGCUGCAGUACAGCAAAAUCCUUCUGUGUGUUAUGCAUAUUUUUUUUAGGAUGGAAAUAGGAAACAUUACCUGUAUGUGUGAUACAAAAAAGCAACAAGCCCAUGGACUAGCUCAAUAAUUGUUUCAUUUCUGAAAAUGUCAUUCACGCAUAGGAAAAGUCAGUCAAUCUAAGCUGUAUUAUUUAGCAUAUUUAUGACUACUCAAGAAAGCUACAUUUGUGGCUGUCUCACUGUCUCUGAUCACCUGGAACUUAAGGAAGAUACAAUGUAGAACUUGCAGCCUCCUUAUACAAAAACAGAGAACUCUUUCUCUGAAAGUAGAAUACAUUUUCUAGAUAUUAGCAACUUCAAACCUUUGAAAGAAGUAAGCAGUCAGGAAUCAGUUUAAUGAUGAAUAUAUAAAUUAAUUUGGUUCUUCCUUAGGAACUAUUUUGCAGCAUAUAUUUAGGAGGAAGAAACUCUCAAUGCACUCUUUUUUGCAGUAUAUAGAAGAUGACAUAUGCCAAACAAAACAAAACAAAACAAAACAAAACCAAAACAAAAAAAAAAAAAAAAAAGAAAGAAAAAAAAGAAAAAGGAGUGAUGGUAGAGAAGCUUCUUGUCUGUGCCUCUGAUGAAGAUAACUACAGUCAUACCUUAUCAGUUCCUUGGAGAUGUUUAUAAAAUGUUCUGUUUUCAUUGCCUUUCCUACUGGAGCGAACAUCAGUUAUGUGUUAUGGCAUUUCUCUUGACAACCUUAACUGAUAAGCAAAGAAUGGAAUGACUGUUUGUAAAUGAGGUAUUCUUUCUCUGCACUGGUUAUUCUUUUAGCAUAGAAAUUAAGCAGUUUGAAAGUUUCUAUCUCAUUCUAAAUCUGGUUUCCAGAACUAUAUGUCCAUGUUCUUUGCUUAAUAUUGAUUUUCUAAUUAAUAAAUAUGAAUAAAAAGGCAUUACCAUUUCCAAGCUUUCACAAAUUGUGUUAAACUUCUUGGCAGUGACAAAAACCAACCAACCAAACAAAAAAUCCUGAAUGUCAUUUAAAACUGCGAUUGUGUUGUAGUUUAGGGAUGUGUUUCAAGUAUUCCUGCUACUCUUUCAACUAGCAAGUCAGCAGUAAUGAGUUUUCGGCUUAUGAUUGGAUUGCAUGAUAUAGAUUUAGAAAGAUGCAGACUCUGAAGGUAAUAACGCAUCAGCCAAGAGAAUAGAUGGAGAACUGCAUAUGUUGGAAUUACUCUCUCCACAUGAUUGUGUCAGGAGUUCAGUUCCUUAAGUCACUACUUGUGAAUUCUGGGCCACAGAUUGGGGGAAAUAUGUCAGGGAAAAAUGUGGAGAAUGUUCUGAAAGUAAGACAUCCAAAAUUCUUCCUGAGAUAACUUAAGAGUUCUCUGAACCACUGAAACCAAUCUUAAACAGAGAUGUGUCACAAACAUUAUUUUCUCUGAAGUUCCAUUUCUAAACUCUGAUAGCAGCAUAAUUUGUUGGAUUUGUUUGUUUUAGGAGUUUUUAAUUGCUUGGGGACAAAAAUCUACUUCCAGAGUUGAAACUUGGCCUCAUUAUACUGGAUCUCAGGCAAGGAAUAAAUUUUAUUUCUGGAGAGCAUUUGAAGAAAGGGACAAAUCCAUGGGGGUAUUUUUUGGUUUUAAGUUUCACAUUUAUAGAGCUAUUUUUAUAUCAAAAAUCUGAUUUCUUCUUUAAUACUUCAAUACCUAGCUGAAGUUUUGCUGCAUAUAGAUCAUCAUUUGAAUUAGAGGUUUGAAUGGUUUGUUCCUAGACAUUCUUUUGUUCUUAUUCUUUGUACUCAGGACUUUAGAAGAAUUAUUGUGGAUUUCCUUACAUUAUUGAAUACAAGGCUAAAAUAUGGUCCAAAUCUUAUUUUAUGUAGUGUAUUCUGAACUCUGUCCCUUGGUGCUAUGUUCAUUGCUGCCAGACAAGUUAAGCAGGUCUACAGCACAAUUACCAGUUCCAUGGAGGGAUUUCCCCAUGAGUUCCUGUACAACUGCAGUCACACAAGGGUAUUCAAACUCCAGAAGGACCAACACCAAAUGAACUAUGAAUGUUGAACAAGAUGACCUUACAUCCACAGCGGAUAAUGAUAGGUCCUAGGUUUAACAGGGCCCUAUUUGACCCACUGCUUGUAGUGCUGUUGGCUCUUCAGCUUCUUGUGGUGGCUGGUCUAGUGAGGGCUCAAACUUGCCCUUCUGUCUGCUCCUGCAGCAACCAGUUCAGUAAAGUAAUUUGCGUACGGAAAAAUCUGAGAGACGUGCCAGACGGUAUCUCCACCAACACCCGGUUACUCAAUCUCCAUGAGAACCAGAUCCAAAUCAUUAAAGUUAAUAGCUUCAAACAUCUGAGGCACCUAGAAAUCCUGCAGCUCAGUAGGAAUCACAUCAGAACAAUUGAAAUAGGGGCUUUCAAUGGUCUAGCCAAUCUCAACACUUUGGAGCUCUUUGACAAUCGUCUGACCACUAUCCCAAAUGGGGCUUUUGUAUACCUGUCAAAACUGAAGGAACUGUGGUUGAGAAACAACCCCAUUGAGAGCAUCCCUUCUUAUGCUUUUAACAGAAUCCCUUCUCUCCGGAGGUUGGAUCUGGGGGAACUGAAAAGGCUUUCAUACAUUUCAGAAGGUGCCUUUGAAGGUCUGUCCAACUUGAGGUAUUUGAACCUUGCCAUGUGCAAUCUUCGAGAGAUUCCAAACCUCACCCCACUUGUAAAACUGGAUGAGUUAGAUCUUUCUGGGAAUCACCUGACUGCCAUACGGCCAGGUUCUUUCCAAGGGUUAAUGCAUCUUCAGAAAUUGUGGAUGAUCCAGUCCCAGAUCCAAGUGAUAGAAAGGAAUGCUUUUGAUAACCUUCAGUCACUUGUAGAGAUCAAUUUGGCACACAACAAUCUAACACUACUGCCUCAUGACCUGUUCACACCACUCCGCCUAGAAAGGAUCCACUUGCAUCACAAUCCUUGGAACUGCAACUGCGAUAUCCUUUGGCUCAGCUGGUGGAUUAAAGACAAGGCACCCUCCAACACUGCAUGCUGUGCCCGUUGCCACACACCUCCCAGUUUAAAGGGAAGGUACAUUGGUGAGCUGGACCUGAAUUACUUCACGUGUUAUGCUCCAGUCAUAGUGGAGCCACCAGCAGACCUCAAUGUCACAGAAGGCAUGGCGGCAGAGAUGAAAUGCCGAGCAUCAACCUCCUUGACCUCUGUGUCUUGGAUUACUCCAAAUGGAUCUGUUAUGACACAUGGGGCAUACAGAGUUCGGAUUGCUGUGCUCAGUGAUGGCACAUUGAAUUUUACAAAGGUAACUGUGCAAGACACAGGUCUGUAUACAUGCAUGGUGAGUAACUCUGUUGGGAAUACCACAGCUUCUGCCACACUGAAUGUGACUGCUCUGGAUAACCCUGGUUACACGUACUUUUCAACUGUCACAGUAGAGACUGUGGAACCUUCUCAGGAUGAGGCACAGACCACAGAGCAGGUUGGGCCCACACCAGUUACCAACUGGGAGACCACUAACAUGACAACCUCACUCACUCCACAGAGCACAAGAUCAACAGAAAAAACGUUCACCAUUCCUGUGACGGAUGCAAAUAAUGGGAUCCCAGGAAUAGAUGAGGUUAUGAAGACUACCAAAAUCAUAAUUGGUUGUUUUGUGGCUAUCACUCUCAUGGCUGCUGUAAUGCUGGUAAUUUUCUACAAAAUGAGGAAGCAGCAUCACCGGCAGAACCAUCAUGCUCCAACACGGACUGUAGAGAUCAUUAAUGUGGAUGAUGAGCUUACAGGUGACACACCUUUAGAGAGUCACUUGCCCAUGCCAGCAAUAGAGCAUGAGCACCUAAAUCACUACAACUCUUAUAAGUCUCCUUUCAACCACACAACAACAGUUAACACAAUAAAUUCAAUACACAGUUCAGUGCAUGAACCAUUAUUGAUCCGAAUGAACUCAAAAGACAAUGUACAAGAGACUCAAAUCUAAAACAUUUAUGACAUUAUGGGGUGGGGGUGGGACAACAAAAGAUGGUUUAUAAAACAAAUGAUACAAAUGACUGGGCUAAAUCUACUGUUUCAAAAACAUGUCUUUACAAAGAAAAAGAAAUUUAUUUAUUAAAAAUUCUAUUGUGAUCUAAAGCAGACAAAAUUAUGUGUGUUCCUCAACCUGGUUUUGCUGCACAUAUUUACCCUCCUUGUUCCAUUUUUCUUCCCCAAACCACUCUGAUUCCCAUUUGCCAUAUUUUACACAGGAGAUCUUGAUUCUCUAAAGAAACUGGUCUAGGAAAUUUUGUAAGAGUUCUGUUACACAUUGGGAAUUUUUAUGGUGAAUUCUAGUGGUGACAUUUGGUCUAUUUUGUCACUUUUUCUCUUUUUUUUUUUUUUCCUUUUGUUUUCUCAUGUCCUUUUUGAAAUUAUUCAACAGGGAAUGGAAUAUUAACAGCAUUUUUACAAGUGAGAGAAAAAAAAAACAACACAACUUUUUUCCCAUGGAAUUAUUUGCUCUGUAUUUAUUGAAAGCACUGUUCUGUGAAAAAAUUGAAGGAAUUUUUUUUAAAAAAAGGCAAAACCCAAACAGAAGAAAAAAUUAAUUUACUUGUGAAAACCUAUAAAUCCCAUAUCUUUUAAACAAUUCUAGAACCAGAAUUUGUAGUUCAAAUAUUAAACAAAGAUUAUAAAUAAAAUAUUGUUUUUUUUUCUGUACUUGGAUGUAGCUCAUUUUUAGUGUGGCUUUAAACAUCAGAAGUUUGUUAAAAUUCUUAGGAUAUUCUGUGGUGAUGGUCCAAACCACAGUCACUUUAAAGAGAAUAAUUAAGCAAUUAUGGAUCAUUACUGAAUAAUAGAAUAGUUUUCAUUAUAUUUUAUGUAAGCAGCAUACUAGUAAAAAAGGGUGUUUUUAAUUUUAAUGCAAAUUAAACAUCAUUCCUUCUACUGCUGUUUUUAAAUAUGUCUAUUAUAUUGCAAGAUGUAUUUCACAAUGAAGAAAAAGUUUUGCAAGGAGUUUCAGUUAUCACUGAAUUUAUUAGACAAAGCUGAAAAGUUUGUCAUGUUCUUUUUUGUUUGUUUGCUUGUUUUGUUUUUUAUAACUGUUGUUAAGAAAAUGCAUCUUUAUUUCAAAGCUAGUAGUUUCCAGUUUGGUUGUUCUGGUGCUCCUAGACAUAAAUAUGAAAUAUAUUUAGUUAUCUAUAAUAUAUAUAAUCAGAGCUGUAUCACUAUGUGCAAAAUGAAAUGAAACUGCUCUUAACAGAGUAACUUGCAGGAACAAGUCUGAGGAUUUUGGUUUAAAAAAAUAUAAAGAUCAAAAUCAGAUAAAUCAGAGGUUACUGUAAUUUGUAUGACAAUUAGAGUCCCUGUAGAGUAACCAGUUAUAUUUAUUUAAACUCAAACUCAUUUAUCAACAGGAAAUGUACACCCUUUUCCUUUCUGUUUAUGUAUGUUCUCUUGAUUUAACAUAUUGGUAUAAGAAUGGUGGAUACCUUGUAGGCUGGAAGCUAAAAGGAAGGCUUUGCUUAAGAAAAUCAGGUUCAGAACACUGUGUUUUUCCAAGCAGAACUUCUGCCAAGUUAAACUACUUUGUACAUUGGCAACUGAAGAUAAACAUUUUAAGACAAUUUACGUUUGGAAAAAAAGAAUCAUAUAUAUAUAUAUAUAUAUAUAUAUAUAUAUGUAUAAUCUCAGAAUGUCUUUUCAUCUAUUUUAAUCCUUAACCGCCCUUACUGUGAGUUUUCAGGGUCCUGUGCCAGGUAAAUAAUGUUCUUAGUUCUUAUCAAUAUCUCUUUGGAGGUUUCUAGUAUGUCAUAGCACACAGGAUGAAGAACUUACUGAACAGUAUGCUUCUAUUCUGUAAAUCUGAGAAGGAAUUUCUGCUAGGUUGAGGGGGUAGAUAUCUCUCCUUGUAUCACAAAUGAAUAGAAUGCACCUCCAGAGAGAGAAGCAGACGUGUUUCAUUGGGGUAAAGUAAUAAUUUGACAGAGUUCAAUAAAUUGUGUGGAAAUUAACAAAGUUUAACGGUGGUUUACCAAGGCUCAAUAAGCUUGAUGGCAAGGUUCACCUGAUUAAUUACUGCAUGGAAUACACAAAGGAAAACUGAGUUAGAAUCAAGUUAUUACAGAAUGAUUAACACAGAAACCAGAGAUGCAGAAGGGGAAGGAAGACCCUCCUGUUGAGCCAUGAGGUUCAGAGUGGACCCCCUUGCUUUAUAAACUCUUAUAGAGCCUAGAUGCAGCUAAGUCCACUCUUAGUCUCAGACUCAGACAGCUUUUUAUGUCUAAAGAUUCAAAGGUUAUUAAAUCACAUACUAAAGUUACCAUACUACACGGUUAUGCAUGAUACUGGUUGCUUAUCAAAGAUCUGCCAUUGGUAAAAGAUCUCUCUGCCUUGAGGAGGAACUUUUAGAGGUACCCCAGCUCAAGGGGAGAUCAGCCAACACUGCCUAGCAGGGAGAGCUCAAAGGCAGCUCACUUAGGCUGUCAUAUUUAUGGAAUAAAAUGGUUGGCUCACAGUCAAAUCACAUGCUAUGGAAAGGUAGGCAUGAGGCUCCUUGUACCUACAAUUUUCUUUGUUCCUUGAUAAGUGAGUCUUGGAAACUCCACCCAUGAUUUGUGUGAUAAUUGCGUGAUCGAUCCAUAUGCAUUGAUGCUCACUGUGUCACUCUGCUCCUUUGUGGGUUUGCAGGGAACAAGGAGUUCUUGGCCUGGUUACAGCUCAGACCUUUCUUUUGAAGCCUCUGCUAAACUACUGCUAGUGUGGUUAAGGGGUCGACUGCACCUGUCACAUAUAGGAUGCACAGUUCUCAAGGUUCAAAGUUAAUAUUGUAGUAAGAAGCCCUGAUCUAAAAGAGGACGCAGUGGAGAUAGGUGAUGAUGAGUCACACUCUGCAAAGAGUCUGAUAAGGAUAAUAUAGAAUAAACCCAAAGGUCUGUCAUAAUCUCAAAGAAACCUUUGGCAAGACAUUAUCCUUUGAUGUACUACAUGAAAAAUAAUAUCUACGCUAAGGGAAUUUUAAUAGAGAACAAAGAUGGACCUGAAUGUAAAAUGUUGAAGUUGUGAUUCCUAGCUUUGCCUAUUUCUUCAAAGUGUAUGAAAGCAUUUUAUUGUUGAUUUAUUUUAUGCACUGUGAUAGGAUUUGUACAGAAACACCACAAUUACACAUUCCUACUUGUACUUUUCACAUCUGGCUAGUAACAUUGUGUCCAUGACUAAUGCUUAUCUGAAAACUGAAAAAUGUUUUUCCUGGAAACCUGAAUCUGGGCCAUCUGUAAUCAACAGGUUUAUGUUAAAGAUUAUAGCUACUCUCUAACCAGUAUUUGUGAAAGCACUUAUGACCACCAUGCUUUUAUAAACAGGCAGUUUUUACUUACUGCUAAAUGUUGCGUGUAGGCGGCCUUUAAUGCAAAAGAAAGAUAGAGCUAUUGCCAAGUGGGACAUUGGGUAAGUGACAAUCUUUACUCCUCUUUGGAGUAAUUCAAAAUAUAUCAGUUCCCGUUUUAAACAACAUAUACAUUCUUACUGAGUGUUAAUCUGGUUUUGUUGGCUAAUCAAAAAAAUAGAUAUACCUACUUGCUCAUAAUAAGGAUAAAGAAAAACUGUUUUGUCGUGUUUGGUUGCGUGCAUAUGUAUGCAUUAUGUGGAAACUAUAUUAGUUACGAUUUACCCAACAUCUACCCUAUCCUUCUUGGAACCACAGAAAUUGUUUAUGACUCCUUCCUCCUCCUAUAAAACACCCAGUACUUUUGCAGGUUAAUUAAAUACCAGAGUUAGAGACAUCACAGUUUAAAUUACAAACUGAGUUCUGCAAUAAAAUGAGAGGACUUCUGUGAUCUCUUGUUUUGGUGCUCAAAUCACAUACUAAGGCAGCCUAUUACUGGUCCAGAGACUACAAUGUUAAGAAUGAAGCCUGGAUCUCCUAUAUGACAGAGCAUAACUGACAGACAGUUCUAAUGAAAUUUCUCUUGCAGAUGAUCACAUUGUAGAUGUUGUGCGAUGUAAAAAAAAAAAAAAAAAGAAAAGAAAGUGCCCAAAAAAAUUAUUUUUAUUAUCAUCUAUCACAUUAUAGUGGGCUCAUGAGAAAGGAUGAAUUAUUUUUCAGGUCAUUUGAUGGAGUUUGAAGAUGUUUGCCAGUUAUUCUGUUCAAAUACAAAGUGCAAAUAAUUUUCUUUCUAGAAUUGUCAUAAAAUCAUACAAAUCUUGCCCAUAUGCAGAAAAAAAUAACGUGUGAAAACAAAGUGAGUUCCAUUCAAUUCACCACACAAGAUGGACAUUUUCUUUUACUUUGAAAGGGGCUAAAUGUCUGAAAAUUAUUAUAGUAGUUGUAUUUUUUGCAAAAAUAUUCUAAUGCAUUAAAAGUUAUAUGUAAUGGUUUCAAGAUUCUCUGUCCCCACUGAUGGCAUUAUACAUUAAUCACAGCGUUAGAGGAAAGGUAACUAAAUUAGUAUUGUACUUUGUUGUACUAGCUUCAUAAUUUUGUGAAAAUAUUUCAUAACAACCAUUAUAAGCUUUUAUAUGUCAGAUAUGACCAUUACUGCAAUCUUUUCAAUGAUGAGAAUGUAAAAUCUUUUCAAUCCAUUGGCCCUUCCCUGAAGUUUAUAUUCCAAUUUUUACAUCAGUUAAAUAUAACAUAUUUUUAAUUUUCAGGUUUUUUCUAAGUCCAGGCACUGAAGGUCAAGGAAACGUUAGGAGCUACCUUGCAGUUUCAUACCAAAAGAAGUAAAUGAAGAAAUAAUUUAUCCUUAUCUUCAAGAUAAAAUAAGAAGAGUUAGAGUUCAAUGUCUGCAUUUCUGUUUUUCUUAGUAGAACUAUUUAAUGCAAAAAAAUCUCGUUUCAAACUUACAUUUGAAAUUCAAUCUACAGUUAGUCUGAGGGUAGUGGUGGACAUUUUGUUAUGGAGGUGGUGUUAUAAAGAACAUGGUCUAAUGGUUGGAGUCAAUGAUCUUAAAGGCCUUUUCCAAUAAAAAUGAUUCUAUAAUUCUGUAUAUUAGUAUUGUAAUAGGCUAUUACCCACAGCCAUCACUAGUGAAACAGCAAGAAUUCAUGAGCUGGGAACAAUGGGCUUGAGGAGACUCUGCAAAAUCUACUCAGUAAAUCUGCAAUUUCUGUUGGCCCUGCAGCCUCACUCUGUAGUGGCUCCCCAUGAAAACACUGUGUUUGUGUGUAGUUUUCAGCUGGAAGAGCAUGACAGGGCAGAAGAGCUUUGGGUUAGGAAUUACUUCAGUGGCUGCUCCUGAUUUAAGAACAUAGAUGCAGAAACAAUCAGGGUGUAAUAGCUCAGCUUCGGGCAUGCAGGAAACCUUAUUAAAAAUAUAGAAGGAAUUAGAACACUAUUGAACUUGAAAAUAAGAACAAGAUGUAAUGAUUAAAGCAAGAAGUGGCAGUCAUAUAUGCCAGAUAAUCUUUACAUCUUUAACUCAAAUUUUUAAGUUUGCAGAUUGUGUUGUUAGUACUUUUCAAUAUGUCAUUUGGCUUGUGAAAAGAUUCUGGCUGCUCUAUCCAUAGUUUUCUAUUUUCUUCUUAAUUUUAGCAGUACAUAUAUGAUGUAAUCUGUUUUUUCCGCUCUGGAACAGUUUCCCAGACAAAGCAUGCGAGGGAAUUCUCUUCUAAGCCAUCCAAACUCCAUUCAUUGGAGGUUCAUGUUAAUUAUCUCUGUGGUUUUUUUUUUUUUUUCAGUCUAAUUGAAAUGGCUUCUGCAGUGAAAGAUUCCUUAAUUUCUUUUAUCAUCUACUACAAUAACAAUAUAUUAUUAAUAUCCUAGUUUGGAGAAGAUGGUUCUGCAUGGAUUAUAUUUUCAUCAAGUUCAAAAUGUAAGCUACAAUUGUAUUCUGUUUUAGUAAAAAUAAUCUAAUAAUGUUGACUCAAAAAGCACUUAUGUUCCUUUCACAGUAGCUCAGUUAAAUGCAUCAAGUUACAGAAAAAAGAAAAAAAAAAAGAAAAAAAAAAAGAGAAACUACAUCUUGGAAUGCUAUGCAUGCAGACACGUGUCUGUCAAUGUGUAUUAUUUAAAAACUGGUUCUACAGCUGAGAUUAAUGAAAUAAAAGAAGAAAUGUGUAAAAAAAGGAGAAAAAUGGAUUAAGUGAGCUGAGUGACAAUCUAGUAAAACAGAAAUAAACUUAGUGGACAACAACCUCUAUGAACAAUUAAAUUCUGUACUGUUAGUAGUCUAAGCAAGGAGGUGGAAGACUAUGUUCUGGUUUUGACAGUACCUGCAUGAUAUCAGGCUGGUCUUCCUUUUCCCUGUCCUCUUUCACUUGCCAUUUCUGUCUAGCUGUUUAACUGUCAUUUUCUGAAACUGUAUUCUGGAGGCAUCCAUAUCUCCAGCCUGCCUCGGGACAUAAUUCCAAUAAGCAAUGGGACAGAAGACAGGUCCAUGUUAUGUUAGUAAGUAGAACCUCUGCAGAUCUGGGUACUAGGUGUUUUAAGUCCAUUAACUCCUAAAAAACCAGUUCCUAUUUGGUACUGCAAGGCAGCUUUGUAAAUAAUUUGUAUGUGUUUUGUUUUGUUUUUUUAAUAUUUUAUAUAAGAUUAGGGUUGUUGAUCCCCUACAAUGUGUUAGUUGACUAUAUUUCCGGUUGAAAUAGUCUUUUUGUCUUUUUGUUUUGUUUUGUUUUUCUUCUCUUGUUGCAACAUUUUUUUUUCUUUAUGAUUAAUUAUUUGGUCAAAUAUUAGAGUUGGAGAAAAAAAAUUCAGUGUCUUUGGACAUUCAGGCUAUAAGAGGAUUCCAAAUUGUAUAAAACUACACUUAUAAAAAACAGACAAUGCCACCAGACUCUUAGAAAGUAAAUGCCUAAACAAACUGUGUUUCCUCCUAUUUUUUUCUUUUGGUUAAAAACGGUUUAUCUGUUUGACUUGGCAAAGUCAAGGCCUUAUCAGAGUAAAUAAAGCAGAGGCACUGACAAGUUCCAUGGCUUUUGCUAAGACUUCCAUGACAGAGAUUCUUUUGUUCUACUAUAUUUUUUAAAAAUAAAUUCUACUGACUAUGUCAGUAGUGUUUCCAUCAGGAUGGAUAUGAGUCAUUUUUGUUGGAAAUAUUGUCAUAUUUUCUUUCUGCCUGGAGAAACAUUGGCUCUGGGUGUUUAUCUUUUCAAUUCAUUGCUGAUUUCUGACACAGUAUCACAGUAUCACAGUAUGUUUGGGAUUGGAAGGGACCUCAAAAGAUCAUCUAGUCCAAUCCCCAACACACCUGUGGGGAACCAAUCAAUUCUGUACUGAAAGGGAAGCUAACACAACAAUGAAAUAAAAAAGGGCUGAACCAGGCAAGGAAUAAUAAAAUAAAAUAUUAAAAUAAAAUAAAAUAAAAUAAAAUAAAAUAAAAUAAAAUAAAAUAAAAUAAAAAUAAAAUAAAAU